UACAAUACUAACGAUAUUCAAAGCGAAUUGGUUCAUCAGCACUCUCUUUAAUCCACUGUAUAAACUAUAUUUAAUUCAUAUACAAAAUGUCUCUACUACCUUUCUUCAUUGGCUACGAUCAACCUCACCGUAUAUUAGAUCAAGACUUCGGUUUAUCGCUUACUCCAGAUGACUUGCUCACGACUGUUGUUUCACCGAUGAUGUCCAGAGACUAUUACCGGCCCUGGCGGCAGCUGGCUGCUGCAGCGAGAGACGUCGGUUCCACCAUCAAGUCCGACAAGGAAAAAUUCCAAGUGAACCUGGAUGUACAGCACUUCGCGCCUGAAGAAAUCUCCGUGAAAACAGCCGAUGGGUACGUCGUAAUAGAAGGGAAACAUGAGGAAAAGAAGGAUGAACACGGCUACAUCUCUCGGCAGUUCACUCGUAGGUACGCACUGCCCGAGGGCUGCAACCCAGAAACGGUGGAAUCCAGAUUAUCGUCUGAUGGUGUAUUGACUGUGGUUGCUCCCAAAGUAACUCCGGCGCUGAAGAACGAAAGAGUCGUGCCCAUAUCCCAGACUGGACCUGUGCGGAAGGAAGUCAAAGAUCACACUUCCCAAUCUGAAGCUGGCGAAUCACAGAAGUGAUUUUUGUUUUAUGCGAUGAAAAUGCUUUGUCAUAAUAAAUAAUUUAUAUUCUAUUGCUCAAUAUAGAUCAUAGAUAAAUUUAAUAAAUGGUGAAAAAAAAAAUGUGAUGCGAUAGGUGGCGGAUUAAAUAAUAAAAUUGACUUUUUUUGUAAUUCUUAUAUAAUAUUUGAAGUCUAGUUUAAUUAUUUCAUUAUUAACUGUGUAUUAAAUAAAUUCGUAAUUUA